CUGCAGCCCCCAAACCAUUAAAUAUCACUCAGUGGCAGAUCCAGACGCCUCAAACACCUCCAGGUACGGCGACUCCAUCACUUCCCUUGGGCAGCCCCUUCCAACGCCUGACUGCCCAGUUAUUCCGGGCAGGGUGGUGCCGGGGGAAGGAGGCGACUGACUGGUGCUGCCUGGAUUUAGGUAUUUUUUUAUCACUACACAGCAGCAGUAGCCAGCUGCCAUCGCACCCCGCGGUUCCCCGUGGGGCUGCCGGCCGAGCCCCGGAGCGGGCGGCGGGUCGGUCGGGGCUCACACGAACGGGAGGCUCCGGCAGCGGCGCGGAACCGCGGGGCACCUCGGGCCGCUCCCGGGCCCCGGCCCGGCGGCUGCCCGGGCGGUCGCUGAGCGCGGUGCCCGGCGCGGCCCGUCCGCCCGCGGGUGACGUGCGCGGCCCCUGAGCCCGCCCCGCCCGCCGCGGGGAGCGCCGGACGCGCCGCUCCGGAGGCAGCGCCGUGCGGGGGGAGCGGCCCCGCGGUGCAGCCAUGGAGCCGCUCCGCCGCCUCCUCCUCAGCCUGGCCGCGCUGCUGCUGCUCCCGCCGAGGCUCGCGAACAGCAGCUCAGUAACUGUGCCAGAAACACUGUUGUUUGUUUCAACCCUGGAUGGAAGUUUGCAUGCUGUCAGCAAGAGGACAGGAGCAAUCAAGUGGACUUUAAAAGAAGAUCCUGUCCUCCAGGUGCCGAUCCAUGUGGAAGAGCCAGCUUUUCUUCCCGACCCAAAUGAUGGCAGUUUGUACACACUAGGUGGCAAGAACAGUGAAGGCUUGACUAAACUUCCAUUUACUAUCCCAGAGCUGGUGCAGGCAUCUCCCUGUCGCAGUUCUGAUGGGAUCCUGUACAUGGGUAAAAAGCAGGAUAUUUGGUAUGUGGUUGACCUCAUGACUGGGGAGAAACAGCAGACCUUGACUUCCUCUUUUGCAGAAAGUCUUUGCCCAUCAACAUCCCUCCUGUAUCUUGGGAGAACAGAGUACACGAUCACAAUGUAUGACACCAAAAAGAAGGAGCUGCGAUGGAAUGCCACCUAUUUUGAUUAUGCAGCUACUUUGCCUGAUGAAGACAUAAAAUACAAAAUGUCCCACUUUGUGUCCAACGGGGACGGGCUGGUGGUGACCGUGGACAGCGAGUCUGGGGACGUGCUGUGGAUCCAGAACUACGCCUCCCCCGUGGUGGCCUUUUACAUCUGGCAGCGAGAGGGGCUGAGGAAAGUCCUGCACACCAACGUGGGCAUCGAGACCCUGCGCUACCUGACCUUCAUGUCCGGGGAGGUUGGACACAUCACCAAGUGGAAAUAUCCCUUCCCAAAGGAAACAGAGACCAAGAGCAAACUAACCCCAACCCUGUACGUAGGGAAAUACUCCACGAGUCUGUACGCGUCGCCCUCCAUGGUGCACGAGGGAGUCACUGUCGUGCCCCGUGGCAGUGCCAUUCCCUUGCUGGAGGGCCCAAAAACAGAAGGAGUCACCAUUGAAGACAGCGGCGAGUGCGUGAUCACGCCCAGCACCGAUGUCAAGUUUUCGGGCAGGCUGAAGGAAAAGCACAAGCUCAACUACUGGAAUGACUGGCUGCUGAUAGGGCACCAUGAAACACCAUUGUCUGCCCCCACAAAGAUCCUGGAGAAAUUCCCAAGCAACUUACCGAAGAGGCCUGAAAAUGUGAUUCCAGCUGACUCUGAGAAAGCCACUAUUGAAGAGGUCAUUGACAUUGUUGGAGGUUCCUCAACAGAAGGGCCUCCAGCUGCUCCAAAGGAUAUCGAGGAGACUCCUGCUCGGCCCAUCCCGCGGCCGGAGGCUCCAGUGGACUCCAUGCUGAAGGACAUGGCCACGAUCAUCCUCAGCACUUUCCUGCUUGUGGGCUGGGUGGCUUUUAUCAUCACCUACCCAAUGAGUGUCCACCAGCAGCAGCAGAGGCAGCAUCAGCUGGAAGAGAAGAUCCAGCUCUUGCAGCAGCAGAAGCUGCCCUUUGGUGCUCCCGGUGAUCUCCCGCCCGAGGCAGAUUUCCUGGACACGUCGUACGGGCGGACGGAGAGCUCAACUGCCAGCACCCCAAACUUGUCCCCCAGAGCUUCAAACCACUCUGCCUACUCCAAUAUCUCCACAUCUGAUGUUGGGAGCUGCCUCUCCACUGAGCAAGAAGAAGGAGAUGAAGAAGCAAACCGAGUGAUUGUUGGCAAGAUUUCAUUUAACCCUAAAGAUGUACUGGGACAUGGUGCUGAAGGGACAAUUGUUUACAGGGGCUCCUUUGAUAACCGUGAUGUGGCAGUGAAGAGGAUUCUCCCCGAGUGCUUCAGCUUCGCAGACCGGGAGGUGCAGCUGCUGCGCGAGUCCGACGAGCACCCGAACGUGAUCCGCUACUUCUGCACGGAGCGGGACCGGCAGUUCCAGUACAUCGCCAUCGAGCUGUGCGCUGCCACCCUGCAGGAGUAUGUUGAGCAGAAGGCCUUCAGCCACCAUGGCUUACAACCCAUCACUCUCCUGCAGCAGACAACGUCCGGGCUGGCUUACCUGCACUCCCUGAAUAUUGUCCACAGGGACCUGAAGCCCCACAACAUCCUCAUCUCGAUGCCCAACGCUCACGGGAAAGUCAAAGCCAUGAUUUCAGACUUUGGGCUGUGCAAGAAGCUGGCAGUGGGCAGGCACAGCUUCAGCCGCCGCUCGGGCGUGCCGGGCACCGAAGGCUGGAUCGCCCCAGAGAUGCUGAGUGAAGACUGCAAAGAGAACCCUACAUACACUGUGGACAUCUUUUCAGCUGGCUGUGUCUUCUAUUACGUGGUGUCUGAAGGUGGCCAUCCCUUUGGCAAGUCCCUGCAGCGGCAAGCCAACAUCCUGCUGGGAGCAUACAGCCUGGAGGCUCUGGAGGCAGGGAGGCACGAAGACAUUGUUGCUCAUGAUUUAAUAGAGCAGAUGAUAAACAUGGACCCUCAGAAACGGCCAUCUGCCAGCUGUGUGCUCAAACACCCCUUCUUUUGGAGUCUAGAAAAACAGCUCCAGUUCUUUCAGGAUGUUAGUGACCGGAUAGAGAAAGAAUCUUUAGAUGGUCCAAUAGUCAAGCAGUUAGAAAGAGGUGGAAGAGAAGUGGUGAAAAUGGACUGGAGAGAGCACAUCACUGUUCCUCUUCAGACAGAUCUUCGAAAAUUUAGAUCCUAUAAAGGUGGCUCUGUCCGGGACCUUCUGAGGGCAAUGAGAAAUAAGAAGCACCAUUACAGGGAACUGCCUCCCGAAGUGCAGGAGACCCUGGGCUCCAUCCCAGAUGAUUUUGUGUGUUACUUCACAUCUCGUUUCCCUCGCCUGCUCCUGCACACCUACCACGCUAUGCACAUCUGCUGCCAAGAAAGACUCUUCCAGCAUUACUAUGCUGAGGACUCUGCAGAGCUGAGCCUCACAGGAGACACGGUUUGAGAGGACAGGAAUGGAACUUUCUUCUCUGGGACCAACAUUCCAAGCACAGGCCUACCCUUAGCAGGGAAAAGUGGGAUCAAAGAGCUGAAUUCUCUCUCUCUGAAGAAACCAAGCUUCCAAAAAGUGCCUUGUACCUGUGGCUGUGCUGGAUCAGGAGAUGGUGGAGCUCAGGGCGUGAGUGGUAAAGUGAUGAACCCUGGGGAUGGAGUUACUGACUCCAAGGCAGUUUUCAAGACUGUGGAAAUGAAGAGCAAAAGCUGGAUAUAACCAUCACCCAAUAUCCCUGUACUGUAUGUGAUUUUGUAACAGAUGUGUUUUACUACCAAAAGAAAAAAAAGGAAUUCAGUGAUUGAAAUCAUAUUAAUUAUUCGGGACUGGGAUGUGCAAAAGGAGCCCUUUGGUUGUAGCAAAUUAUCUGAACCUGCCAUUGCACUGCUGCCACAUUAGGCACACCACAGUGAUUGUAAAGGGAAUCAUUCAUGAUUAUCCUAAAAAUGGUAUAAAAGUACCAUUUCUGUUUAACCACUACUACUCUGGAAAGGUAGUCCCUUAUACUUGAGCAGAAACAGUUUAAAAAAUACUGACUUGAAACAUCAAUUCAAGGUUUUCCUACUCUGAAAAUAACCCUUGUUGUUUAAUAUGAAGCAGUAUUUGCAGAACAGGUUGAACAAUCCUCGACUUAACUCACAGUAUGAGAACAGAUCUGCUCAAGUACCUGCAGCAACCACCAAUGGCAGCUGGGAGCUGCCUGUGACUCAUCAACUGCAAGUGUCCCUCAAGGGCUAAGAAAAGGCCACAGCCACAGAGCCAGGGGUGAGAUGAGUCCUGGGAAAAAGAGCUAAACAGGAACCAAGAGCUGUUCAGAGCAGUGAAAUCAGGGCAGUGUUUAAGGGGUGCCACAGAGCUGUAGAACCCCAUUUCCUGAGUCUGUGGGUUGGUAAUUCCAUCCACGGCAGCCUGUGUGGUUAAAGGUGCAGUAUUUCUUUACACUGGCCCUGAAGCUGUGACAAAGUGUCACGUGUGCUAGGAUGAAGAAAUGCUGAAUUCUAAUGUAACUGGGGUGUUCUUUUACAAUAUAUUUAUUUAAUGUAUUUAUAUUUAUUUAAUUUUUACUACAAAGUGGUAUCAAAUCCACGUGGUACAAGUAUGAAGCAUGCCAAAUCAGUCUUAAUCAGUUUUGUGUUUAUAUUUAAUCAUCAGAUAACUGGAAGAGGAAAAGUGAUAUUGCAUCUUUCAAUGGAAUUAAUUAAAAGGGAAAUUAGAAAGUGAGGAUUUGUAUGACUGUGCCAUUGUGUCUUAAAUAAAUUAUUGCUAGUAAUACCCCAUGUAUGAUGGGGUAUGUACAGCUAUUUUUCUGGAGAUACUUUACAGGAUGUUUUUUUCCUACUUUUACAAUGUAUGAGAGCAAUUUACCUAAUAUGCCAAACUGUGCAGGUUACAUGUUCUAAAGCUUGAAAAAAUAAUGGUAAUUUUACCUAAAAAGAUUCAAAAUCUUUCAUAUUUUUGUAUUUCUCAUGUAAAGGUCUUUUAUAAAUCUACUAAAUAAAGACUCGGAUUAAAACCCCA